CACCAAACUAGCUAGCUAGUCACGGGCUCCAUUAUUUGCCACACAACCCACCGAAAUCCAACCAACAAAAAGAACACAGCUGCAGGCAAUGAUAACAACAAGCAGAAAAGUUCUCUUCUUUUCACAAAAUUCCUCCCUUACUACAAAAUGCUCUAGCUCAAAGAAGAAGAAGAAGAAGCAGCUUGUGCUCCCAUGGCUCCUCCAUUCAUUUUCCUUGCAAUUCUCUUCACCACGCUCCACUCACUAUGCAUCUCUGCUCAGCCGGACAAUCCUCAGGGGACCAGGAUUACCAUUAUGGGUUCUGUGUACUGUGAUGCUUGCUCCACUUCCACUUUCUCCAAGCACAGUUACUUCUUGCCAGAUGCCGAGGUUCACGUUCAAUGCAUACUGAGAGCAAGCUCGCCAAGAACAGAGGAACAGAUCCACUUCUCAGUCAACAGAACCACCAACAAGUAUGGAGUCUACAAGCUCGAAAUACCAAACGUCGAAGGAAUCGACUGCGUCGAUGAUGGCUCAGCUAUUCAAUCGAUGUGUCAAGCAAGUUUGAUCAAGUCCUCAGCUUCAAGCUGCAGCCUUCCUGGUCUCAGAACCACAACAGACCAAAUCUCGGUGAAAUCCAGACAGCAAAACCUCUGCAUCUACAGCUUCAGUGCCUUGAGCUACAAGCCAACCAAAAUUAACCAAACCCUUUGCAGCAAUUUGGAAGAAGAGUCUCUUCCUAGUCCUUUCAACUCUUCAAAGUUCUUCUUCCCUUUCUUCCCACCAUAUAAAUUUCCUUUCCCUUUCCCUCCUCUGCCUCAGAUCCCUCCACUGCCACCAUUCCCUUUCCCUCCAUUGCCCUUUCAGCCGCAGCCGCCUUCUCUGCCAUUUCCUUUCCCACCUUUGCCUCCUCUGCCUCAACUCCCUCCACUGCCAUCAUUCCCUUUCCCACCAUUCCCACCAGUGCCUUCUCUAUUUCAGCCACCCCCGCCUCCAGCUUUCAAUCUAGGGGAUCCAAGAACUUGGGUUCCAAGCUUCCCUCCAUUUUCACCUACUCCUGCUUCUUUCCCUCCACCGCCACCAGCUUUCAGUCUGGGGGAUCCAAGAACAUGGAUUCCAAGCUUUCCUCCAUCACCUCCUACUGCUCCACCAUAACAUAUGGGGUUUAAGAAUUCAUUGCUUAUGAUUUCAUAAUGUACUAUUACACUAUUGUAUAAAGAAGAUGAGUACUGUAUACAGAGAUUUGUGUACUUGUUGUUGAAUAAGUAGAUUACAAAUUUGUUACUGGAUUAGGUUGGAUUUUGGAUUUUGUGUGAAAUGUAUUGGAUAAUAGUGUGUUGUUUUGCUAUCUGAAAAUGAAAUCUGGUUCAACUUUUUUCUUGUAAAA